AUGGAUGGCAAUGGAACAUGUCCUUUCGACAAAGGCCUGGGGCCAGGAGUAACGAUAAAAAUAAAAAGUCGAAUGCAAGGGGAUAUUUGGAAAUUUUCAACCCUCAUCCAGCGGACCAUGCCUUGUCCUGCAUUCAUCCCCCAUAAGGAGCACCCAACGUUGCGGAAACACGGUAUCUGCCAAGAAAGUAAAGUUUAUGUUUGUCGUAGUGGAAGUUAUUUCUUAGACUUCUCGCCAGUCAUAUUGGAAGGGCGCACAGAAAUGGAACUUGGCGGAGCGGGCGGCGUGUGGUUGAGCAAAGGACAAAAAAAAUAA